AUGAGUUGUGAAAAGGUGCAAAAUGUGCCUAUAUGUGCCUGCAGAAACACGAGUCUCUACAUCGAGACGGUCUUCCGUGCAGCCCACUUGAUACCUAUCUACAGUUCUGAGUACAUUCCUCCCUCCCUCAAGUUUUAUCAGUCUCUUGAUACUUUCGACUCAUUCUACAUCAACAAAUACGUUGAUCACCACGCAUUUGAGAUAGCGUCCUGA